CCCGGCCGGAACCUUGGCGCCGUGACGCUGGUUUCCGGCGGGCUCCUUAGAGCGCUGAACAUCUUCGGGCCGUAGGACCAUGAGAGGGCCGGAGCCCGGUCCCGAACCUACGAUGGAGGGGGACGUGCUGGAUACGCUAGAGGCGCUGGGGUAUAAGGGGCCACUGUUAGAAGAGCAAGCCCUUACCAAGGCAGCAGAGGAUGGACUGUCUUCACCUGAAUUUUCAGAGCUCUGUGUUUGGUUAGGCUCUCAAAUAAAAUCUUUGUGCAGCUUGGAAGAAAGUAUCACUUCAGCUGGGAGAGAUGAUCUAGAAAGCUUCCAGCUUGAGAUAAGUGGCUUUUUAAAAGAAAUGGCAUGUCCAUAUUCUGUACUUAUAUCAGGAGAUAUUAAAGACCGUUUAAAAAAGAAGGAUGACUGUUUGAAACUUCUAUUAUUUUUAAGUACAGAGCUUCAAGCUUUACAGAUAUUACAGAACAAGAAAUGUAAAAAUUCUCAACUAGAUAAAAAUAGUGAAAUUUAUCAGGAAGUUCAAGCUAUCUGUGAUACCCUUGGUGUUCCUAAGUCAGCAACUUCUGACAUUCCGCUUAUGCUAAACCAAGUGGAAUCAAAGGUGAAAGAUAUUCUCUCAAAAGUCCAGAAAAAUCAUGUGGGCAAACCACUGCUGAAAAUUGAUUUAAAUCUGGAACAGGCGGAAAAACUGGAAAGAAUCAAUGAUGCUCUUUCCUGUGAAUAUGAGUGCCGCCGACGGAUGUUGAUGAAACGAUUAGAUGUAACAGUGCAGUCUUUUGGAUGGUCUGAUAGAGCAAAGGUAAAAACAGAUGACAUAGCAAGAAUUUAUCAGCCUAAGCGUUACGCUUUGUCACCCAAGACAACAAUAACUUUGGCCCAUCUACUUGCUGCUCGUGAAGAUCUGUCAAAGAUCAUCAGGACAAGCAGUGGCUCCAGCCGGGAGAAGACAGCAUGUGCCAUUAAUAAGGUGCUGAUGGGAAGGGUACCUGACAGGGGAGGACGGCCGAAUGAAAUUGAACCACCACCACCUGAGAUGCCUCCUUGGCAGAAGAGACAAGAAGGCGGUGGAAGGGGUGGCUGGGGUGGUGGAGGUGGUGGCAGAGGAGGUGGUGGGGGUGGAAGAGGUGGUUGGGGAGGUGGUGGGGGAGGGGGAGGAGGAUGGGGAGGGGGAGGGGGUGGCAGAGGCGGAGGUUUCCAAGGCAGGGGAGAUUAUGGUGGGAGGGGAGAUUAUGGUGGAAGAGGGGGCUAUGGUGGAAGAGGUGGCUAUGGUGGAAGAGGUUAUGGAGAUCCAUAUGGAGGUGGUGGUGGAUAUAGAAGAUAUUAAAAACUACAGAAUGUAGAUAGCAGUGCUUACUUCUUGAUAGACACAUUAGACAUAGUGUUCUAAACAACUACUUGAAUGUCAUCUUUGAAAUAACCACCAUGUUAGACUCCCUGAUGAUACCAUUCUUGAAUUGGGUUUAAUAUGUAAAGAGCAUUGUUUUAUACUAUUUGAUCUCUUCGAGUGAUGAAUUUUUCCAUAUUCUGUGUACCCUGGAGCAUGUUAUGUCUUUUUAAAAAACAAAAAGCAAAAAUUAUUUUUAAAAAUGUAAAUAUAUUAUUACCAUCAGACUGGGAAAAUGAAAAGUAUUUUAUUGUCAUUGACUGAAUUUAGAUUGUUACCUGUAUUUUAUUCAGGUUUGAGACACAUACAUGACCCCACUUAUAAUGGAAAGGAAUAUAGACUAUUGCCUCAUCUGUAUUCCUGUGGCUGUGUUUUGUAUUUGUUAAUUCUACUUUACAAAAUAGGGAAGGGGACUGUUAGUUGUGUUCAGUAGGUGGUUGUCAUGACUUGUUUUUUUCUUUUAUAUGAGCAAUUCCUCUGGCCAGGUUUCUGUUAAAGUUCCAUUAAUUGAAGCCCAAGUCUACUUUUUGCAAUGCAUAUUUGAUUUAUUUUCCAACUGGAUUUGAAAUCUCUGUGAUUUUGUUUGACAGAGCAGAAUUAAAGAUCGAGGUCAGAAUUACUUUAAAGGGACAAAGACAUGUACUAAUUUUACAUGACGUUGUGAAAAAUAUUUCUGAAAAUUGGUUUCUUUAUCAUUUGUGCCAUCACUUUAGGUAUCUGAAUAUUAAAAGGCAGGCUGAGCUGUGUUAGGACAUGUAUUUCCAGUUUCAGUAGAUCAGAGGCAGGGCCAGGGCAUCCCUUGGUAAUUCUGAUUCACAGCUAGAUUUGGGAAACAGAGGUUCGGGAAUGAUUAAAUGUGGUUUGGUGGCUGGAGCUGUCAAAGGCUUGGGUGUCAGGAGUUGUGAAUUCUCAUCAUGGCACUAGCGCAGGGGUGCUGUGGGCCAAAAUGACGUUAGCUCCCAAGGGUUGACUUGUCCUUAUUUAUCAGUUGAGGAAUGUGAUACUUGUACCCUUUUCAGGUUGUUUUAUAAUUUUAUGAAGACCUAAGUACAAGUCCAACUUUUGGAGAAUUUAUAGAGACUUGUUGUAAAUAGUUUAAGAGGUGGCCCAAGUAAUGCCUUUUUCUCUUACUGUAAAGAGAGAAAAAGAUAUAGUCACACAAAUUUUUUCAAUCCUACUAUAAAACCUGUAGGCUUCUGGUCAUUUGUGCAUAACAACUUUCUUUGGUCUAAUCAACUCAACAAAUAGAAAGCUGAGUACCAGAGGACAAGUGGUAUUUGAUAUUUAGCAGUGUUACUCAUGUUUUGUUUUGUUUUACUUUACAGUAAACCCCGUGGUAAAAUCUAAAAUACUGUUAAAACCUUAAAUAUUGUGUAUACUGCAGUCUUAGUCAUGUAUUUUUUCAAGCUAACCUUUCAAAGAAGUUUGUUCAGGGUAGAAAAACAAAUUUUUUCAGUUAUUUGUAAACUUAAAUUUUUUUCUAAUGUUUAUAUUUAAUGAAGAAAUUUAAUUUUAUUUGUGAUAGUUGAAGAAAAAGGUUUUCCAUAAUUAAAGGAACACUUAUCAGUAGCUAUGGACUCUGAAAAAUAAAUAAUUAAAAAAAAAUAAGCAAAGACCACAGGAGUAAAAUAUUUCAAGAGUUAUUGGUUAAAAUAUUCAUUUAAAACCUGUACAUUUCUGCUUCAUUUCUUUUAGGGAGCUUUAGUUGCUGCUGCAGGAGGAGUUUCCAACUACUUUUAGCUGCUUUUAUCACUAAAGGCUUAUGGCAAAUAAUGGUAGAAUUAUUAGUUUAUUAAUUUCUGUAAGAUUCUUUGUACCUUCAUGGGCUAUCUGCUGUAAAUCUUAUCCAAGUUUAGCACUUGUUCCUGGAAUCCUGUUGGAGCUGGAACCACUCUUAUUUACAUAUUCCUGUAAACUUCACUUGAAUGAAAAGCUGAGUGGUGUAGACCCUAGUAUCUUACUGUUUCCUGUGAGAUAGGAUCUUCAUGAUAAUCUUUCAGUAAAAAUUUCUUUUGUAGAAGUUUGCUAAGCAGUAUCUACAACAGCAGGAAGGCAGUUUGGGGCCUUACUGUGAAAAUGCUUUACAAGUUGUGUGCAGGACAAGUGGAGAGUAUGAUGAAUGGCACUUCACUCUUCACUGUUUCCUGAAAGCUAACUCCUCUUUCUGUACCACCUCUGCAUUCUUUUUUGCCUGGUUCUCAGUUUUAUUUCUUCUUGCUACCUCUUUUUCCCUCCUCUUUUUUUCUCCCUGCCUUGGUCUAUCCUGUGGUAUCUAAUAGCACCUAUAGACAUGACCUUACUGGAGUUUUGGAUUAAAGGAGUAAACUCUUAUCUGGACAUACGUUCGUCCAUACAUAAUCACCACACCAUUACACGUAAGCGCUCAGUAAAAAGAAGGGAUCAGGUGUUUCCUUUUAACCUCUUCCCUUGUGUUCUGCGUAUCAGGGAAAUCUUGCCUCCCUAAACAGAAAAAAACAAAACAAAACAAAACUUUAAACUGGAAACAUUUAAUUGCCUGUAUAUACGUCAAAAGGAGGUAUGAUAACCCAAGAAAGAUUCGUGAUAGAGAAUGUUCUGAGCAGCGACACUUAUCUGUACCUUGGAAGGAACACAGGGUAGAGAUGUUUGGAGUGGGAAUUGGGGAUGAAAGAGAGGAGGUAAUUUAAUCUCUCCUUCAGGGCCAAGUUGUCAGUGUGACUUUAUUAUUUUGUAUGAAGUAUUAUGAAAUGCCAAAAUGAUAAAUACACCACAUCCAAGUGUACCAGAAUGCAUUCCACGGUGGAAUAUGAAUGAUUAAAAUCCUCCCCCUCCCCAAAAUUGAUCUAGUUAAACAGAAGCUGGCUGGGGAUUAAGGAAAAAUCAUGGCUGUCUCUAAACACUGUGUGACUAGAUAAUCAUGAGCACAAAUGAAUUGCUCUGGGUGCUCUGUACUUUGGAUUCAACCAUCCUCUACCACUUCCACGCACAGCUUCAGAGUUUCUCUUUACUUGCCAGUUGUCUUAGAACUGUGGAAUUAAAGAUGAAAGCCACAGAAAAAUGACCACCUCACAUUUACCUCCUUCAGUGUUAAGUAUUUAUAGACAAUAUUUGGGGAUCACUGUACGUCAUUAUGUAGUAAGAUGGGAAAAGGCUGAAUAUUUCUGUACUUCUACUUCAUGUUAUAAAAAGAUAAAAAUGUA